CCGACGCGAGCUGCAGCCCCGUUUAACAAGAAUAGUGCCGACAUCAUUUUUCGGACCGCGGAUGAAGUCGACUUCCAUUUGCACAAGGCGGUACUGAUGCUGGCGUCGUCGAUGUUCGAGGGCAUGUUCUCCAUUCCACAGCCGACGGCGAUCAACGCGGCCGAAGUAGAUUUCGAGACCGAUUUGCCGAUCGUUCCCGUCACGGAGACAAGCAAAACCUUGGACGCCCUGCUGCGUCUGUGCUACCCCACCGCAGAUCCG